AUGUGUUCAGGUGUUGUCACCAUGUCUUCUUCUGUGUCGCUCGACCAGCCGGGCGGCGCCGCCGAGGAGGACGAAGGGGGCGGAGUCCAGAGGCUGGAGAUGAGGUUUGCCCAAUCAGAGGAUGACCUGGGGGCGGGGCCAAGAAGCGACUUCACAUCGUUGGUGAGGCGGUGUCGCCAUGGUUACCGCAGAGCCGCCAUCUUCUUGUGUCUGUCCGCAGCCGCCAUAUUUAUCACCGCGUUCCUGCUGGGCUACGCGGUGCUUGGUGGGCGGAGCCACUGUGGCCAGGGGGAGGGGCCAGAGGAGAAGGAGGGCGGGGCAGCACCCCAUCCUGCAAGGGGAGGGGGGGGGCCGUACCUGGGGGAGCUGAGAGAGAUGAUGAGGAAGCUGCUGGAGGAGGAAGACAUCGACUCCACCGUGAAGCGUGUCAGCAGGGCCAGCCACCCUGCAGGCUCGGCUGAAGGAGCGUCUCUGGCCUCAGAGAUCCUGCGUCGCUUCAGAGAGCUGCACAUGGACCACACCUGGACCGACUCGCUGUACGCCACGCUGCAGUUCCCCAGCAGGUCUCAGAGGAACACCUUGUGGCUGCUGGACUCUGCAGGACUGAUCUCUGAACAGAUUCCUCUCAACCCGCUGGACUACUGCCCCUACAGCCAGACAGGCAGCGCCACGGGGGGCGUGGUCUACGCCAACUACGGCCGUGCGGAGGAUUUCGGUUGGCUGCAGAGCGCAGGCGUGUCUCUGAUUGGCUGCGUGGUGGUGAUGCGGGUCGGGGGCGGGGUCAGCUUUGCAGAGAAGGUCUGGUUGGCUCAGAGGAACGGAGCGGGCGGAGCUUUGAUCUACCCCGACCCCGCCGACCUGCCGCAGGACCCCCGCCGCCUCGGACUGAACACACACACCGCCGUGUCUGAGCAUGUGCACCUGGGCUCAGGUGAUCCCUUCACUCCUGGGUUCCCCUCCUUUAGCCACGCCCAGUUCCCGCCCCUUCGGUCCUCUGGGCUGCCACUCAUCCCGGCGCAGCCAAUCAGUGCCAGUGUAGCUGCAAAGCUGCUCAGCCAGCUGUCAGGCCCGUCCUGUCCUCCAUCUUGGCGAGGGCGGUUGCCGUACGUCCGCUGUGUCGUGGGUCCAGAGCUGACCAGAGGACACAAGGUGAAGAUGAGCGUCCACAACACCAUGUCCCCCGUCCUGCUCAACAACAUCUUCUCGUCCCUGGAGGGCCGGGUCGAGCCAGAUCAGUACAUCAUCCUGGGAGCGCAGAGGGACUCCUGGGGGCCCGGGGCCGUCAAGUCUGGAGUGGGGACAGCCAUACUGCUGGAGCUGGCCCGGACCUUCUCUGCCAUGGUGAAGAAUGGGUUCCGUCCGAGGCGCAGUCUGCUGUUUGUCAGUUGGGACGCUGGAGAUUUCGGGAACGUGGGAGCGACUGAGUGGCUGGAGGGUUACCUGUCCAUGCUCCAUCUGAAGGCUGUGGCGUACUUCAGUCUGGACCAGGCAGUCAUGGGUGAUGAAACUCUGUCUGCCUACACCAGCCCUCUGCUGUUCGACCUGCUGGAGGCUGCAAUCAGACAGGUGGAGCAUCCAAAGCAUGCGGGUCAGACAAUCUACAGCUGGGCAGAGAAAGAGGGAGGCAGCUGGAGGAUUAUAAAGCCCCUGUACCUGAACAGUGGGGCGUACAGUUUCACAGCGUUUGCAGGAGUUCCAGCCAUGGAGCUCAGGUUCACUGAGGAACGUGCGUAUCCGUUCGUCAACACGCCGUUGGACAACGCCUCGCGUCUCCAGGAAGUGCUGGGGGGUCGUCUCGGGGUCACGGGGCGGAGUUUAGGGGAGCUGGUGGGGGAGAUGGUGCUGCGAUUGGCCCACAAUGACAUCCUGCCGCUACGCAUCACUUCCUACGCCCAGACCGUCCUGCACUUCUGCUCUCAGCUCAAUAAACACAGUGCUGAGCUGCAGUCCAGAGGGGUGUCUCCUCAGUGGGUGUUCAGUGCCAGAGGAGACUUCAGUCGCUCAGCAGAGACUCUGCAGAGAGCCAUCGACUACAGCGACCUGGACGCCCAGAGUACUGCACACUACAACACCCGUAUCAUGAGGGUGGAGUACUACUUCCUGUCUCAGUACGUGUCGGCGAUAGAGACACCGUUCCGUCAUGUGAUCCACGGCCGCGGCAACCACACGGUGACGGCGCUGAGCGAGCACCUGGCCCUGCUGACCUCUGACCCCGCCCACUUCGACGAGGCCCGCUUCCGCCGGCAGCUGGCCCUGUUCACCUGGACGCUGCAGGGCGCCGCCAACGCCCUGAGCGGGGACGUGUGGAACAUCGACAACACACACAUUCACUGAGCGCUCACACACACACACACACACACACAGAGGUUUACUCAGGGAAACAUAGGCACUCAUGUUGGACACCAGGUGGCGCCCCGAC